AUGCCUGCCAUGCUCGACGACCCUAGUGCUCCCACAAUAUACCGAACUUCAGGUUCCGCACCCUUCCCAGAUCCUCACGAUGCGAACCCCGCUUUACCCCUCGAUGUCUAUCCUCGACAGGUCACUCUGCGUGACCGAGUGACAAUCGCUACAAUCGUACCUUUUGCGUCUCAAAGUCAGGUUCCUCCCUCGCUUCUGGCAUAUCUAAGCGACCAAUUUAAGAAAGAGGUCGAAUUGGGCGAUACAUAUCCUAUGAUUGAGACUAUGCCACAAGAGAAGUUUGCAUCCUAUUGGUUUCAGAAUUUCGGCGCAAUAAUGCUCCUGGGUAGUCUCGAAUCCGCAGAUGAAGUAGUCGAAGGCAAGAAUUGGGCUGCGGAAUGCUUAGGAAGUUACUAUAUCAAGCCUAACUACCCGGGACGUAGCUCUCAUGUUUGCAAUGCCGGAUUUCUUGUCACAGAUGCUGCACGAAACAGAGGUGUCGGACGUUUACUAGGAGAAAGCUAUCUUGACUGGGCUCCACGACUCGGAUACACCUACUCGGUUUUCAAUCUCGUAUAUGAGACGAAUGUAGCUUCCUGUCGCAUUUGGGAUGCGUUAGGCUUCAAACGUAUUGGGCGUGUCAAGGGUGCGGGAAACCUCAAAAGCUAUCCGGGGCAAUUCAUCGAUGCUAUCAUAUAUGGGCGGGAUUUAGGGCCAGAUGGCUCCGACUUCGUGAGUGAAGAACGCUUCGAUAAAAUCAAAUUCUACUUGAAACAUAAAGAAUAUCCAUCGGGUGCUGAUCGCGCGGAAAAAAGCAGACUUCGUAGCGCGGCCACACAUUACAAACUACUACCGGGCGAAGAUAAGCUUAUGCUGAAAGGGAAGGAAGUGAUUAGUGAUCCGCAAAAACAAUAUGAGAUUGCGAGGGGUAUACAUGUACUACACCAUGGAGGAAUCAACAAAACCACAGCUAUUAUUGCCGAGAAAUAUCAUUGGGUUAGAAUCAAGGAGACGGUUAGUCUUGUAAUUAAGAACUGUGGAGAGUGCAAGGAGUUGGGAAAAGCACCAAUUGUCAAACCAGAUUUCCAAGUCCAGUUACCUCGUCAGCCUACCCCUAAAAGUCAAAAUGUAACCAAUGCAGGCAUAUUAUCUCUACCACAGCAGCAACAACAACAACAUUUUCAUAAACAUCAGCAAGCACAACCUACUCAUUUACAGCAUGAUUUCCAACAAAUUCAACACCACCAUCAUGACCACACCAGUACAUCCGUAUCGCCACAAGUUCUAAACCGCAGACUACCAUCCCCUUCUCCCAAUUCUCACACCAGCCCCACCAUCCACCACAAACAACACCAACCACCCAUUUCCCAAAUGCAACUCCAUCAUGCAGAAACCCGUACCCAAUCUCAGACACACUCCCAAUCUCAUACUCCUUCGCAUAGACAUCCCUCAACCGAUUACCUACAAAUAGACCCGCAAAUCAUGGAUUACACACAUAUAUCUCAUUCUUCCCAUCCACAUUUUGAAGCGCAUCAUGUGCAUGAAACAGAUUCCUUCCAAGCGAUGUUGGGAGAUGGAGAUGUAGAUGGAGAUGCAGAUGCCCAUGUAGAGGAUGGAGAAAGCGGUGUAGAUGGCGAUAUAAACGAUAUGCUCAUCGACCACGACGAAGUAGAAAUAGAAAGACAAGUCGGGGAUAUAGGAACUUCAGAACAUCAUCAUCAUAUCGGGAGCGAAAUAAAUCAUAAUGGUACGAUGAGUGAAGUGAUGGGAGAUGGGAAUGGAAAUGGAAAUGGAAAUGGGAAACUUAAAUCUCAUCAUCAUGAUCAUGAUCAUGAGAAUGAAGAUGAGAAUGAGGAAGAUGUAAUGGCUACAGCGAGAGCAGCACAGGAUAUGAUUUCAAGGGGUGUAAUGGGUGGGAAUACAGGAUGA